AUCUCGAGGAAGCAUACUUAAGAUAGGGACUUCUGGAGUUAUGUUCGACCAUAUGGGAGCGAUGCGCGGGAGAUAAACUUACCGUUCCGGGACCUGAUCGGCUUAUCUCUGCUCCUGACCAGCCACGUACCCGGACGUUGAAGUCCUCAUCUCGCAGACAUGUCCGUUAGAGAGUGACUUCUAGGGUUAUGUUACGUACCUGUGCCGCUCAGAUGAUUCAGCCGAUGCAGAUGAUGCAAAGCAGAAACUCGCAUUUCUUGCAUCCCUAAAGCCUUCAAGAUACCCAACAUUAGCACGAAAGCACUUUAAGCCGAUUCCAAAAACGUGAAAAAACACAGGAUUCUAGAGCGAAAAUUGCCCCCCCCCCCUAGCUAACGCUACAGUUAGUACUAACGGUACUACGGAAUCAUGCGUGCCCUAUAACACGCCUCAGCACCUUCGGUGCGGGCGGAUUUGGGGUCUAGCGGCUGUCUCCCCCAACACGUUGCGUAUACCUCCAUUCCCAAGGCUGUGUCCAGUCUGGUGGCUCCAUCAUGGCGGUGGCAUCUGGCCUUGGAAUGCAGCACUCGCCCAGGCCGAUUGCUGCAUCGCCGGUCUUUUCUGCAUUCCAGGGAGGAUCUCGCUCAACCACACCCACCAUGGCUUGCCAGGCUAUGGCCGCGCGGGCAGCUGGCACGGCAGCACCAGUGGUGGCACACAACAUCUCGAACCAGAAGCCGAGAUCCUCCUCGGCGCCGCGAGUUUCAAGCGUGACCUAUGCACAUGGAGCGAAUGUGCGGGCCUCCUCACAGCCCAUGCAGCCGAUGCUGCGCCAGGUUCCAGCUCAGCCAGUGCACGCACAGUUCUCUGGCGGGCCACAUCCCUAUGCGCGACAGGUGCUGGUCUCUGACCCUGCAGCGCGGGCAGUUUCGCCAGCAAACCACAUUGCUCAGAUGGCCAGAGCACCUGUCACCAGAGGCACUGUGGGCGGCUAUCCAACUAGGAAGGCUUCACCAACCAGCCCAGGUAUGUGCCAGGUCCAGAUUGGCCAGGCCCCAUUGGCCACCCGGGGCAGAUCGCCUGCGCCUGUGAUCACGCAAGGACUGCGUGCGCCCAGUGGCCCCAGGGCAGCGACGCCAAGCAUCGUGAAGCCGAUGGUGGCCGGUGUCCACGCAGGGAUGGUUGCUCGGCAUUCAUUGGGUGCCCAGAUCAAGCCUGGUUUCGUCGCAUGAUGGAUCCGACAAAAUAGAACAAAUGUACUGGUCACCGCAGAGUGCCUCGGACCUUGCAAGCUAAUGAGAAGCAGCCAGUUCCGCAUGUGCCACAUGCCAGAUCCAGUGUGAGUUGUUUUUGGCCAGGAGGUGCC